CACUACACGGGAAGUCAUUGCCACAUCAGCUUCUGAAAACUCAGUGCAUGUUCAGUGACAGAGAAAAGGUAGAGGGAGAGAGAAGCAAAAACAAAGCCAGUCAUAGAAACGAAUCUUGGCGGGCUUACAGUAUUUAAUAACACAGCACGGUAGACAGUCAGGACAAAGCAGAUUAUUAUUAAGGGGAAACACUUAUACUUUUUUUUUUAAUUAAGCACUGGAAGAUGUUACAGUCUCUAUCCAGUAACUCGUGUGUACGGCUGAUACAAAGCAAUAAAUCGACAUGGUAUUUCUUUUUUCUGGUCCUCGGCUAUGUACUGUAUUUAAUCUUCGGGGCCGUGGUUUUCUCCUCGGUCGAGCUGCCUUAUGAGGACCUGCUCAGGCAGGACCUGAGGAACGUGAAGAGGCAGUUUUUGCAGGAGAACGAAUGCCUGUCAGAAGAGAGACUCGAGGAGUUCUUGGAGAAGGCACUGGAGGCCAGCAAUUACGGGGUUUCGGUGCUGAACAACGCGACAGCGAACUGGAACUGGGACUUCACCUCGGCUUUGUUCUUUGCUAGCACUGUCCUGUCCACUACAGGUUAUGGCCACACAGUCCCCCUCUCAGACGGAGGAAAAGCCUUCUGUAUAAUUUACUCUGUGAUCGGGAUCCCUUUCACUCUACUGUUUCUCACGGCUGUGGUACAGCGUAUCAUGGUGUACGUCACCAGAGGUCCGGUUACGUACAUUCAUACCCGCUGGGGUUUUUCAAAGCAGCUGGUCGCCCUGGUCCAUGCUUUGGUACUGGGACUCGUUACUGCAUCAUGCUUUUUUUUCAUCCCAGCAGCAGCGUUCUCUUCUCUCGAAGAUAACUGGAAUUUCUUAGAGUCUUUCUACUUCUGCUUUAUCUCUCUCAGCACAAUCGGUCUGGGAGACUACGUGCCAGGGGAAGGUUACAAUCAGAAGUUCAGACAGCUUUAUAAAAUCGGGAUUACAUUUUAUCUAAUGCUGGGUCUAAUCGCAAUGUUGGUAGUUCUGGAGACAUUCUGUGAACUGCAGGAGUUGAAGCAGUUUCGGAAGAUGUUCUACGUGAAGAAGGAAAAAGCAGAAGACCGCGUCCACAUCAUCGAUCACGAACACCUUUCAUUCUCCUCCGUCUCCGAUCAAGCCGCUUCCUUGAGGGAGGACAAAUUAAACGAGCCCUUUAUGGAUGUACCACCAUUAACUUACAGUGCCUCUGACUUCUCUUCACUGAACAGAUAGCAUUCCUCUGUAGCAUUAAUGUUCAUCCUGCUGCAUAGUAGUUGUUCUUUUAAUGCCUCUUUGAAAAAAAAAAAAGUCUGUGAACAGAUGAUAAUAACAGUGUCCGUACUCUUAAGGGAGAGGGAAUGUACGAAUAUGACUGUUUACCUAAUAUCUCAUGUGAAAAGCUUAAUAUCCUGCACAUUUAUAUUUUAAUUGCAUACUUGAAAUUCUAGCUUUGGGAUAUGUAAGGGAUUUAAGGGAGAAUUAUGUAACAUUUUAGUAAUUAGAGCUCCGUUCUAUGUGUAUGAUAUGAAGGGGAUCGUUUUUAUUUACAGAGUGAUAUUUGAAAUAACUGUAAUUAGUAUUUUGUUUAUAACAUGCCUGGUAUAGUCUUCAUUCACCUACCUAUGUAAACAUUCAAUUGAUCCAAAUGAGGGCAGAUCUGAAUGUUGCUAGAGAAAGGACCGUCCUUGCCGUUUUCAAUAUUUUAGCAGAACUGCACUAAAGAGACAUGCAUGCACUGUUAGAGGACUGAUUUUCAUAACCGAGGUACACACUUUUCUACUAUCUCCAUGGUGGUGUUAGAUCCCCCACUGUUAAAUCAGCUGAAGAGUUUAAGGGCUGGCCCCUGGUCCUGCAUCACUAAAGACAGACUUUGCCAAGAGUUUAUUUUUGCUGAUUCAACGGACAGAAGUAAAGGGUUAUCAAGAAGUACAGUAGCACAAGGUUAGCGAAAUCUUACAGCAUGUUACUGAAUUGCACCAGUAUUCACUGUAAAAUGAAAUACAUACUGUAAAUAUAUAAAUAAAGGGAAAACAUUUAUCCUCAAAACCUAGAAUGUUAGAGUUAUAGACAUAAAGCAUUGGGGUCCUGGUAUGUACACUGUGGGCUUAUAUAAAUACUAGUGUCUAAUGCUUUUCGAAUACGACUUGUUAAGUCUUUAAAGGGGAAUUUAAGCACAACGUCACAAUGCACGUUGCAUUUAUGGCUAUAUUACAAAGCAGUGCAUGCGCUGUUGUGAUUUUACCUUAACAAAAAUAAGAAGUAUUUUUUAAUAAGAACAGUUCAUAUUAGUACUAGAUCAAAUACCUAUAUCUGCAGUUAUGUUAAAAAAUGCACGAUGAUCAUAUCAUUGGAUAAUUAAGUGAAAUUUCUGUAGCUGUUUCUGGACAUAUCUGUUGUAAAGCUGUCCCGAUUCUUAGGGUCAAGUUCUGUUGCAAGCUCUGAAUCCGUUUUCUCUGUCAAGCUGGAACUACUUCAUCGCUUUUAAACAUUUCUCUCUUGGGAGUGACCUAGCACAAGAAUGUUACCACAGAUCUUCGAAAUAAAAAAAUACAAAUAAUAAUAAAUAAGCAUUGCUGUAAAAA